GCGGGCGCCGGGACCCCGGGUGGAGCGACAGGUCUCGGGCCCUCAGGCGGAGCGGCGGGCGCCGGACCCCCAGGUGGAGCGACAGGUCUCGGGCCCUCAGGCGGAGCGGCGGGCGCCGGACCCCCGGGUGGAGCGACAGGUCUCGGGCCCUCAGGCGGAGCGGCGGGCGCCGGACCCCCAGGCGGAGCGGCGGGCGCCGAGUCACCAGGCACGACAGUGGGCUCCGAGUCAACUGGCAUGACCGCUGGCACUGGGUCAGACAUUGGAUCGUCUGGCUGGACAGCGGGCAUCGGGUCACCAGGCAUCAGGUCAUUUGGCUCGACCGCGGGCACCGCGUCAUCUGGCAAGGCAGUGGGCUCCGAGUCAACUGGUAUGACCGCGGGCACUGGGUCAGACAUUGGAUCGUCUGACUGGACAGCGGGCAUCGGGUCACCAGGCAUCAAGUCAUUUGGCUCGACAGCGAGCACCGCGUCAUCUGGCAAGGCAGUGGGCUCCGAGUCAACUGGCAUGACCGCGGGGCAC